GAAGGGGCUGGGAGCAGGAAUGGGAAGGGCUGGUGCAGGGUGCCCUGGCCCAGCCCCGCUCCCCCCAGGCUGGCUGCCCGCGCUGCGGCUGGUCCGGCGCGGCUCCAAGGCGGUGACGCGGCACUGGAAGGCCAUGCACUUCCAGCGGCAGAAGCUGAUGGCUGUCACCGAGUACGUGGCCCCCCGGCCCGCCGUGCCCCCCCGCUGCCUCCCUGCGCACAGGGACGACCACCAGGAGGAGGACGGCUACGUGCGGCUGCUGCGGCGGCAGGUGGAGCAGGUGUUCCGGAGCAGCCGCAUGGUGGCCGUGUGCCAGUACAAUUCCAUGCCGGACGAGGACGUGGCCACCAUGCGCCACUACCUGCGCAGGCACAACAUCGAGGUCAAGUUCGUCUUCAACGAGAUCGUCCGGCCGGUGCUGGAGCAGUCCAAGUACAGGAACCUCCUCCCGCUCUUCGUGUGCCGCAACAUCCUGCUGGUGAGCCCGGAGACACGGGCCAGGGAGAUGCUGCGGGUGCUGAAGGGAAUCCCUCAGGUCAACCUCCUGGGCGCCUGCAUCGACGACACGAUCCUGAGCCGGCAGGGAGUGGAGAACUUCGCCCGGCUGCCGUCCCUCGAGGCUUCCCAGGGGCAGACUGUGGGAGCCCUGGCCCUGCUGCCCUCCCAGACCUCAUCCCUGCUCCAGCGCGGCCCCUCCCUCCUCACAGCACUCCUGGAUGAGCACAUCCGCCGGCUCCGGGACACGGGGGCGCCCGGGGAGCCCCCCCAGGAGCAGGGAAAAGGGAACCAUUGAUGCAGGGCCCUGGGACCGGCUCCUUCCCCCCUGUGGGAGCCCCUCAGGGCACAGGGAAUGGCUGGCACCGAGCCCCAGGAACUGGCUGCUUCCCUGGAUGUGGGACAUGGGGGGAACCUGGGGAGCAUCCCCCCAGCCUGGAAUGCGGGAGAUCAGACCGUGGGAAUUGGCUCCUUCCCUGACUGUGGGACAUGGGGGGGCCAGGGAGACCCUUCCAGACUAGGACACAGGGAAUCACCAAUGCUGGACCCCAGGAAUCGGCUCCUUCUCCAGCUGCAGGACACAGGGAGCCCCCAGGGAGCCCCCCAGGGCACAGGGAAUCACUGACUCUGGGCACUGGGAAUCGGUUCCUUCCCUGGCUGUGCAGGAGGGGUGGAUCAGGGAUUUGGCACUGGGGCGGGACUGAGGGUCCUGCAGCCCCCCAGUCCCAGGGGGGGAGCCCUGGCCCUUCCCUUUGAGAAUAUUCCUGGGAAUAUGCUGGGGGUGUGAUGGAAGGUCUCAGGAUUGGCCAGAGGAGGAGGAGGAGCAUGGGAGAGCCCCACAGGAGGGUCUUGAGCACUCCAAGCCCCCCAGAACAAGGAUGAGGGGGAAUGUGCUGUAACACUGAUCCAGUGCCGUGUCCAUUAAAGUGUCUGUGUGGAAA